AAUCAUAAGUAAAAAAAUCACAAAUUAGAAAAUACUUUUCCGAAAAAAGGAAUCAGAUAAAUACCACCAAAAACAAAAACAAUCUCUCUCUCACACACAGCACAAGGAGAGCUGAAGGAAACACACACUCAGAGAGAGGAGAGCGAGAAGGGUAGAUAGUUGGAUUCACGAGCUGUAUCCUAACGCCUCUGCAACACCAAUCAGUGUGCUAAAACAUCCAGAAAUUUUUUGACAUAAAUCAGAGAAACCCCCAUUUCUGAGUUGGGUGGGAGCUUCACGGGGACGAACACAUCUCAGUCUUUUUCUCCACCCACCAGCUUUUCCCAUCAAUCCAGUGGUCCAGGCACUGCCACCUGACCUCAACUACCGCCCCUUCGGUUGGUUUGAUCACUGCUUUGCCCUUCCCAUCUCUCUCUCUCUCUCUCACAUUAGAGAGAAUCAGAGAAAGGGAGGGACUUAAUUGGGUUUUUGUUUUUUGGGUUUUUCAGAAGGUGUUGAUGUAUAUAGAGGGAGGGAGGGAGGAGAUAUAUGAAUCGGUCUGUGCUCACAGUUGGGCCAGCCAUGGACAUGCCGAUCAUGCACGACAGCGACCGGUACGAGCUGGUUCGGGAUAUUGGGUCGGGAAAUUUCGGGGUUGCACGGCUUAUGAGGGACAAGCAGACUGGUGAGCUUGUUGCUGUGAAAUACCUAGAGCGAGGUGAGAAGAUAGAUGAAAAUGUACAAAGGGAAAUUAUAAACCACAGGUCGUUGAGGCAUCCGAACAUUGUCCGGUUCAAAGAGGUAAUAUUAACACCAACUCAUCUAGCUAUUGUGAUGGAAUAUGCAUCUGGGGGAGAGCUCUUUGAGCGGAUAUGCAACGCUGGGCGUUUCAGUGAGGAUGAGUCCAAAUUCUAAUCCAACACAUUGAUUUUGUUUAUAGUAACGAGGGCGUUUCAGUUAGAUGGAAGUCCAGCUCCUCGUUUAAAAAUAUGUGACUUUGGCUACUCAAAGUCCUCGGUGCUGCAUUCACAACCAAAAUCGACCGUUGGCACCCCUGCAUAUAUUGCACCUGAGGUGUUACUCAAGAAAGAAUAUGAUGGAAAGAUUGCAGAUGUAUGGUCUUGUGGGGUGACCUUAUACGUCAUGUUGGUGGGUGCAUACCCAUUUGAAGAUCCUGGGGAGCCUAAAAACUUCCUCAAGACAAUACAUCGGAUAAGGAAUGUCCAGUACUCUAUGCCUGACUAUGUUCAUAUAUCUCCAGAGUGCCGCCAUCUAAUAUCAAGGAUUUUCGCAGCUGAGCCUGAGAAGAGGAUAACCAACCCCGAGAUUAGGAACCACAAAUGGUUUCUAAAGAACCUUCCUGCAGAUCUAAUGGUUGAAAACACCAUGAACAACCAGUUUGAAGAGCCGGAUCAAGCCAUGCAAAGCCUUGAUGAGAUUAUGCAGAUAAUUGCCGAGGCUAAAAUACCUGCGGCCGGGGCCAACAGUCUCAACCAGUAUCUUGCUGGCAGCCUGGACAUAGAUAACAUGGAGGAGGACCUCGAGUCUGAUCCCGACAUUGACACCGACAGCAGCGGAGAGAUAGUCUAUGCAAUUUAAUUGGUACAAUGUCUUGAAGCAACGGAGGGUUCGCCCUCCGCCUGUGUUUCUGUCUCUCCUUUUUAGUGGCAUGCUUCACUUCAUCUGUAUUGUUUUGUUGUUACAAACAACAAAAAAAUUUACUUUCAUAGCUCAUACGGUGCCACUCCGUUACAAAUAUUUCAUGGACCUCCGGAACUGAGAAUAUUACGAAAUUAGAUUCAACGUAAAA